AUGACACCUCUGUCUUGUUUGACUGAAUCUGACAAGCAGAGCAGCAGCAAGAUGAAUGUUUUAGCUGCUCUGAAUUCCCUCUUCACACUGAAUGUCAUUGUUUCAGACAGCAGGUAUGAAAGUGGCUUCAUCAGUCAUGAUGAAGAUGACAAUGACAGUCAACUUCCUUCUGAACACUACCUGGCUUUAAAAACAGCAUUGAAACUCAACAAAGAUACAAUUGUCAAGAUGAAAGAUAUUAUUGCACAGAUGAUCACAGAAAAUGAGCUGACUCUUAUCAAAAAUGAGUUUAAGAUUCUGAAAAUCAUCUUUGAUUCAACUCUGAUUCUCAGUCUGCAUAUCUACCUGCUGACUAUGCUCUUUUACAUUGAAGAAUUCAAGUCAAUUUCAACAACUGAAUCAGUGUUGAAUUCUGCAGAGAAACUCUACAGUGUUAAAGUGCUGAAUGAUAAGAGACAGCAGUCAUUGCUACUGAAGAAUGAAUUACUGAAUAAGUUUAAGCACAAGCAGAAAUUGAAUGACUGUGAAGCUGAGUUAGAAUGUGUCAACAAGAUGUGCAAGACUGCUUUAGAACAUCUUGAUGACAGAGUACUUGCUGAGUUCAAUCUCAAGAUGCUGAAGAGACUGAAGAUUUUCUGUGAUCAGACAGCAGAAGUGAAGUCAGUGUACAAUAGCAUUGUUCAUGAGCUGCAUAAUGAGAAGCAGCAGCAGUGA